AUGCUAGACCGAGACAGUUUUGUGCUUGAAGUCAAUGCUAACGCGUGGACCUUCCUUUCUAGACUGGAGGCCUCUUCAAAUGCUCUUAAGUACCGGGAGCUAAAGGACUACUUUGUGUCUUGCUAUUCAUGGCCUCAAGCUGCUCUGAUGCAACGCCAAUUCUAUUCUACCCUCUUUCCCGAUUGGCUCAGAGGCCACAUCGCUGGUUGA